AUGAGCGUACCUCCUACUAAAGCCACAAGUACCGAAAACGUUGAUGGUUACCUUUCCCAAGAUGAGGAAAUAUUUGAUGGUAAUGAUAUAGAGAAUAAUGAAACCAAAAUCUACGAAGAAUCUUUGGAUUUGGAUUUGCAGAAUAGUAACAGGCAAGUAUGGCUAGUACGCCUGCCAAGAUUUCUGGCAGAAAAGUGGCGCAAUAAGACCAAUUUGAACGGACAGGAAUUGGGAAAGAUCAGAAUCAACAAGAAUGAUCAAAGUAUUCAGUUGUUCUUGAACGAACAAGAUAAUGAAGAGAUUCCAAAGCAAUAUGACUUGGAACUAACGAAGAAACUAGUCGAGAAUGAGUAUAUCUUCACGGAGCAGAAUUUAAAGAAGUUCCAGCAGCGUGAAAGGGAGCUUGCUGCAGAUCCAGAGAAGCAGAAGCAAGCGUUUAUACAGAAGCAAGAGCGGGAGGAAGAAAUGAAGAAGAAGCAGCAGCAAAUGCGGCGUAGAAAUAAUAGGAGACGUUUCCAGAGCAGAGUAAUGACGGAUCGUGACGGGAGAGAUAGAUAUAUUCCUUACGUCAAGACUAUUCCCAAAAAAACUGCUAUUGUUGGGACGGUUUGCCAUGAAUGUCACGCAAUUCCUUCGAUGAGCGACCCUAAUUAUAAUAAAAUUGUCGAACAGAGAAGGCAGAUCGUAAGAAAUGUACACAAACCUACUGUCACAGUGCUGGAUGAAACUCCUGGUGUGACUAUGAGUAAUGCCGGUAUGUCCAUGAGAUCAGACAAUUCCAACUUCCUGAAGGUGGGUCGCGAGAAGGCCAAGAACAAUGUCCGUGCUAUUCGUAUGCCCAAGAAAGAGCUUCUUGAUUACUUAUUCAAGCUGUUCGAUGAGUAUGAUUACUGGUCUUUGAAAGGUUUGAAAGAACGAACCAAGCAACCAGAAGUGUAUUUAAAAGAGUGCUUGGAUCAGGUAGCAAUUCUGGUCAAAAAAGGUCCAUACGCAUUGAAGUAUACGCUUAAGAAUGAAUACAAGCGGUUGAAAGAAGCGGAAAGAGCAGCUAGAUUAGGCGAACUUGCACAAGACGAUGAUGAAGAAGCCCAUAAUGCAGAAGAGGAAGAAGUGGAAAUGGAGGAUGUCUUGUGA